CUCUCUCAUUCUCUCUCCGUCUACUGCACCCACAGACACACACACACACUCGCCGACAUACACUUCAGCAGUCCUUUGUGCCUGAGGGACACAGACACAGACAACAAACAACAGCAAAACGAGACUUUAUUGUACGGACAAGCUCGCACUAUAUCACAGGUUGCUGUCUAGGAUGGCGGGGAUGAAGGAGCAACAGUUCACGGAGGAGAAGCCCCUUCUGCCGGAGCAGCGAGGAGGAGACUCAGACAUGCAGGAUAAAGGAGAGGAGGCAUCAGGGGGGUUAGCGUGCCCUGCCAGCACUGUGCCCCUUAACCAACCCCCUCCCCCCAGCCGCCCCAAUCACCGUUGGCAUGUCAUCGCACGGCACUGGCUCCGCCAGACCCGCCGUCGGACCAGCGGGGUCAUCCCGGAGAGCUGUGAACAGCUGAUGCCGGUGGGAGAUUGGAAGGAACAUGAUGUUGAGACUCCUUACGGGAUGCUGCACGUGGUGAUCCGUGGGGCACCCAAAGGAAACAAGCCCGCUAUUCUCACCUACCACGAUGUGGGACUGAACCACAAGCUGUGCUUCAACUCUUUCUUCAACAAUGAGGACAUGCAGGAGAUCACAAAGCACUUUGUGGUUUGCCAUGUGGAUGCUCCUGGGCAGCAGAUAGGAGCCUCACAGAUGCCACAGGGGUACCAGUACCCCACUAUGGACCAGCUGGCCGGGAUGCUGCCCACUGUGGUGCAGCACUUUGGAUUCAAGAGCAUUGUGGGGAUCGGAGUCGGAGCAGGAGCUUACAUUCUGGCCAAGUUUGCUCUGAUCUUCCCCGAUAUGGUGGAGGGUCUGGUGCUGCUCAACAUCGACCCCAAUGGCAAAGGCUGGAUCGACUGGGCUGCCGCCAAGCUGUCAGGUCUGACCAGUGCUCUGCCUGAUACUGUGCUGCCACACCUUUUCAGCCAGGAGGAGCUGAUGAACAACACAGAGCUGGUGCAGAGCUACAGGCAGCAGAUCAAUAACACCGUCAACCAGUUCAACCUGCAGCUUUUCUGGAACAUGUACAACGGUCGGAGGGAUCUGGAGAUGAAUCGCAGUGGGACUGUCCUCAACGCAAAGACUCUGAAGUGUCCUGUGAUGCUGGUUGUAGGAGACAAUGCUCCUGCUGAGGAGGGAGUGGUGGAGUGUAACUCCAAACUGGACCCAACCAACACCACCUUCCUAAAGAUGGCUGACUCUGGUGGACUUCCUCAGCUCACACAGCCUGGCAAGCUGACCGAAGCCUUCAAGUACUUCCUGCAGGGAAUGGGCUACAUCGCUUAUGUGAAGGAUCGGAGGUUGAGUGGAGGGCCAGUGCCCUCUGCCAGUAUGACUCGCCUAGCUCGCUCAAGGACGGCCUCCCUGAACAGCGCCAGCUCCAUGGAUGGCUCCCGCUCUCGGGCCUGCACCCAUUCUGACAGCAGCGAGGGAGUUGGGACGGUCACCCAUACCAUGGAGGUUUCCUGUUGAGGAGUUAGACUGCCAUAACGAGAGGGAGGGAGGGGGUAGAGAGAUGGAGAGAGGGCUGGGGAGAGAUGUCGGUAAAAGGGGAGGUGGGCUGGGUGAAUGGAGUUAGACAUGGUGGAGGGUCAAAUAAUUCAGUAACAUGAGGAAAGCUUGUAAGAAGGUGGAAACACAUCUCUCUGUCCUUAUCUAGCUCCUCCAUUAUCCCUCUGACUGCCAUCUCCUUCCCUCUCCACUGUAAAAUACCACAUGUAUUACAACUAACACCCCGACCACCCCUGUCACCCAGCACUUCAAGAUUUAGGCAUCUGUUUUUGUUCUUAAGUGUCAUUCUUGUGUUUGCUAAAUGUCUCCUUAAUCUUUGCCACCCCUUUUUGACCCCCACCCCUCACUCAAACACACACACACACACACACACACACACACACACACACGCGUACAAAAAAAAAGCACCAUUGUCUGUCAGAAUCCAAACCACAAUUUACCAUUAUAAGCUGCUGUUGUAAGCAUUGUAGGAAAACUCUUUCAGAGACGAUGAAACUAGAGGACACAGAGAGGAAAACAGAACUUUCUGAGAGUAGAACAUAAUGAAAAAUAGUUGUGUACUUUGCAAGAUGUUUAUGAUUUUUCUGUUGUAUGGAUCACAUGUGAGUAUCUCUCUCUCUGUUGCUUAUACAAAUGGUUAUUCCCUCUCCAAACGUGGCAGGUGAGCAUCAGACGGGUUGUGUCCAGUUUUACAGACAGCAGAACACGGCCAGUUGUAGCUGAGUGCACCCAUAGUGCUUAGAGAGAGCUGUUAGCUAGAGUACACGUCGCUCAUUUAAAGCUGCACUUGGUAAGGUUUAGUUUAUUAAAACUUGUUAACUACAAUUAGAAUGUGAAAUUAGAACAUUAUUAGUAGACAUUGGUGUGUUCAAGACUAGGGUGGACCUGGAUGGACCUACUUUUAAAAUAAAUGACAUUUGCUUCAUUUAAAUAUGAAAAUGUAUUUUCCAUUUUGGUAACAAUAUUUUGAGUCUUACUCUUGAGGACAGUCACAGAUUUUUAUGUUUGUAGUAUGUGAGACACAAUCCGAGGUCGUAGUUUGUAAGCUACUGAUCGGAUAUUAAGCCCAGGUCGCCAGUCAUAAGCGCACUGAAACCUAGCCACUACACCACCAGGGAGCUUCUUCUUCUGUUUGUUUUCUUCUUCCUUUUACUCUAAUAAUCUAUUUGUGGUAUGGCCAAAGUAUAACCAAACCACUUGUCUGAAUAAUCCUCAUUUUAAGCAAGACGGCAAUCUGUGAUUUGUGAGCCACUGGAGUCCAUUGGUUGCUUAGCAUCAAAUGUGAUAACACUUACAAUGGAAUGUAGCCAAUGUAGCAGGAAAGUACCCAUGAAGCACUUGGUCAGCAUACAGAGCAGAUGUUCACAGAAAGUUAGCACUCUCCUGUAAUCACUUUUUUUUUUUACAAUAAUGGACCUUACUAAAUGAUUGAAUUACCUAAAAGAAAAAAAGAUGUAUGGGCUUAAUAGUUUCAUAAUGCUUGUACUCAAUGUAGCAUGUAACCUGAGGGUGUUAUGCCUUUAAGAGGAAUACUAUUUAAUCUGUAUGAGUUCAAAUGACAAAGUGAGGAUAUUAUACUAACCAGAAAACAGCUUACAAUAUAAUACUGUUAUCUAAAAGAUGAAUCUAAACAAAGUAGUCUAUGGUACGUGUACAGUAAGUGGUCCAUCCAGACUCAAGAAGGGUACAUGAGGUUAGAAUUUUAAAACUUCCAUUUAGAGCAACAUCAGUGCAAUGUUGCUGAGUGCAGCUUUAAGCUAUGUGUGUCACCUCAUAUUUCUAAGACAAUCCACAACAUGAAUAUAGAGUAGAAGAAGUAUCUCUUAAUAUGUACAUGCAUGUGAAUGUGAACGUAAUCUUAGGGCAUUGUAGUAUCUGGGUAGUCCAGUGUUAGGGCAUUCUUCAUUAGCACCCUGUUGGUGGUAAGUUAUAUAGAGCCAUAGAUGCAAACUGCCAUCACCAGUCUGUAACUGCAGCACGCAUGAAUGUGGUUCUGGCCAUAGUCGGUCGACUUUUGUGGUCUCUAACAUGACAAUCAGACUCUGACCCAAACCAAACCAGACCAGAGGGGCCGAGGCCGGACCAGGCUGGCCCUGCAAACUCUCUUUGCGAGUCACUGCCUGUGCAGCUCACAGCAGACUUCCCUUACAGUGCAGAGCCCCUCUCUGUUGAUGUACCAAAGCUCACCACACACACAGAAGUAUCCACAAUGACACAAUACUGUAUAUGCCCAUGCUUACACACAUUUUUACACACCUUCUUGUUUAAGGAUACAUGUGCUGAGGGAACUAAUCCAAAGACAAGAUAUAAAUACACCCAAUUCUCAAACAAGACAGAAUCCAUUGCUAUUUAGUUAGAUUGUGUUUUGCUGUGCUGUGUAUCUAUCCUCUUACUGCUGUAGUACAUGUAUAGAAAAACAGUUUUAGACUAGUGUAGCUGUGUGCUUCAGUCUGCUAUAAAACUGGACCACCUUGUCCACAGUGAUCAGAGAUGGGGGUCUCCUGGUUUUUGGCUAAGUAAUGUACAGUGUUCAUGUACCACAGUCACCUUUUCCCGUUUGAAGUUCUUUCAAAAAAACCCUUUGGUCCCCUGUCAGGAGGGGCGUAGCUUCCACUCUCUGAGGUGUGCGCUUUUUCUGAGGUGGCCUGUAAGGGGCGGGGCUUUUUUGGAGCCAUUUGGGCGCCAAGCUCGGAAUGUAGGGCAACCCCCAGCCACCUUUAAAAAAAUAAAACCCUUACCCCCUAAAAACAAGGUGCCCCGGCUCUCACAGGCAAACCCAGUCGCACCCUAAAGGGCUAUCAGCUGAAGUCACUUUUUUAAAUGUUGGUUGUGUUAUUCUUGUUGAUGAUCACCAGGGGGCCCAGGAGUACAGAAAAAGUCAUAGAUGACCUUUUUUAUUCUAGAAAGAGGAGGGAUUAUUGCCAAAAACACUGAGAGAGAUUCUGACAUGAAAAUGAGGAAUGAAUGAAUGUUUAUGGGAAAGAAUGUGACAUAGUUGAAGCUCUAGAGAUUAUUGUGGAAUUGUUUAAAAUAUGUAUUUUGGAAAAGGAGAAAUGAUGAAAAGAUUUUAAACUGUCAAAUCCAAGACAUCAGUCACUUCUUGCAGAACCUCACAGAUGUAUUUCAGGAACACUGAUGUUUGCAUGUAGCAUAUACAAUAACCUCUCAGUGUUUUCUUUCUUCAUUAGGCUCUUUUUUCACAUGUAAACUCUGGUUUCCUCCUGUACAACUUCUCUCCAUACUGCCUGGGGGCCCCUGAAUGUAUUUUGUCCCUAUUUGAAGUGCUGUACAGUAUUGUCAACCUACGCCUCUUAGUAUCCCCCCUCCCCCCCUCUAUGGUUUGCACAUUUAUUCCUCCCCCCACAUCUUUGACGUUUAAUACUCAACAUGCAAACAAAGCUCCUUCCUCUUUCUCCUAAAGGUCUAUCAAAGGUGAAGUUCAGUAGGGAUUUGUGAAAGUCCACAGUAAGCUGGCAUUCAAUCUGUUUGUAUUCACCUUAGUCCUCUUUGCACUUGUAGAUAUUUUUAAUUUAUAGAGCCGGUUUAUUUGAAUCUAACCCUUUUAACACUUCACUAUUGUGUUCAAAACUUCAACACAUUUCUAUUCCUCUUCCCUUCGACUUUUUGUCUUUUUAGGGGCAACAAUAGGGUGUAUCUUCAUAUUGGUAUUAAUGAUAUUGAUUCCUGUGUACUACUAUUCUUCUUACUGCCAUUAUGAUUGAUUUUUAUUGAGCAAUAAGUUCUCUUUUAAAUCUUGUUUGGGUUGUUUCAUAUUGUGGGAGUCUUCCCUCUGAGCUUGUUUCACAUCAGUAGAAGGACUCUUACCUGCUCAGUUGUCAUUCAGAUGUGUAAUGUAAAAUUUAAAUAUAUUAUAUAUAUUAAUACAUAUACCAAGUAAGCUGUCUCUGUCCAUGUACUGAUCAAGUAACAAGUAAGAAAUAAAGACUUUGUCUCAA